UGAGUCUCAGUCAGCUGGAGGACGAGAAACCAGUCACACCUCGUCCCUAAAUACCGGGGGAGCAAGCGGGACGAAUCUACAAAUCUACUUCACAUCGCAGCAUAAAUAAAGGAUUCACAGUUUUUUCUCUUCAUGGAACAUUAUUGAUAUUCUUUGGGGAUUAACAUCCACAGAGACAGGUCGUCUGAGCUUCCAGAGUCCUCUUCGCCACUAUGAGUUGGGGGGCGCUCUACGCCCAGCUGGGCGGCGUCAACAAACAUUCCACCAGUCUAGGAAAGAUCUGGCUUUCUGUCCUUUUCAUCUUCCGCAUCACCAUCCUGGUUCUGGCCGCCGAGAGCGUCUGGGGCGACGAGCAGUCGGACUUCACAUGCAACACGCAGCAGCCCGGCUGUAAAAACGUCUGCUACGACCACUUCUUCCCCGUGUCGCACAUCCGCCUGUGGUGCCUGCAGCUGAUCUUCGUGUCCACGCCGGCCCUGCUGGUGGCCAUGCACGUGGCCUACAGGAACCGCGGGGACAAGAGGACCAUGCUGGCCUCCAACGGCACCGAGAAGCCGACGAGUAGCGACCUGGAGACGCUGAAGAAGAGGCGUCUGCCCAUCACGGGCCCGCUGUGGUGGACCUACACCAGCAGCUUGUUCUUCCGCCUCAUCUUCGAGGGCGGCUUCAUGUACGCGCUCUACUUCGUCUACGACGGCUUCCAGAUGCCCCGGCUGGUGAAGUGCGAGCAGUGGCCGUGCCCCAACAAGGUGGACUGCUUCAUCUCCAGGCCCACGGAGAAGACCAUCUUCACCAUCUUCAUGGUGUCCUCGUCGUCCAUCUGCAUGGUGCUGAACGUGGCCGAGCUGUGCUACCUCAUCGUCAAGGCGUUCUUGAGGUGCACGGCAAGGAGGAGGAACAAGCGGGAACACCCGUACGCCCAUACGGAAAGCAUGACGCAGAACGAGAAGAACGAGAUGCUGUUGUCUUCCACCACGGAUACCAGCAGCAACAAGAUGUGUUGAAGGACAGCCAUCAGUGGUGGGGUGGCACCACAGAAGAAGAAGAAGGACCACCUUUAAUGUUCACAGUUUGGUAUUUAGGCUCUAAAUGUGAGCAUCCACCAGUUUGUUUUUAAGUUUAAUUGUCUCAUGGGGAGGUGAAACAGCUUCUGAAGCAGAUUUUGAGACUGUGGGGGAUUAAAAUGAGUUUACUGCCACUAAAGGAAGUCAGACGUUCUUCCCUAUAGUGCAAAAAAAGGUAAAAAUGUUCCCAACAGUGAGUGUUACUUUAAGAGCCUGUUCCAGGUUUUCAUUUAAAAUAGUAUCUUUGCGUCUGUGGAUCAUCCACAUCAUCACACGCGUGACCUUACUUUUCACCCAGUGGAUGGUCGAUAGCGUUUUUUAAUUUAUUGUUUAACAGUUUGAAGUUGUUUGAAUGUUUCGAAGUUUGAAGAAUGAGUCUACGCUGACAUCUAGUGGUUCUAAGAGGAACCUCUGAGAGCACAAACGGCUUCCUCAGAGCCUGAAGGAUUUAUUUUGGCGUUGAAGAAAUCAUGAAAAAUGAAGCAGAUUAUGUGAUUAUGUUUUUAGUGUCUAGUUUACGAGAGCUGACGUUUUGAUUUUAAACACGUGUUUUACACUAAUUGAUAAAAGCAUAUCCUGCUGUAUUGAAUGAAGUGACUGUAUAGUUGAAUAACUUUAUAUAAAUAAUGCUUUUUGGUUUAUAAUUAUGGAGAAGUGUGUUGCACAAAGAUGAGAUUAUGCUGAUGAAGUCUACCCACUAGUGGCUUCACAGAUUUGAUGCUCUUUUGCUGUUCAAAUCAAAUCCGAAUGUCUUUUGUCUUUUACUUGAACUGACGGUGUUUGAAGUGUUUUCUUUGCGAGAGUUAAACCAGUGGUUCUCAAACUAUUUUGGGGGGGCCAGGGACCGCUUACAGGGAACCCCUUCUUCACCGUAAUACCGAUUGAGCAUAAUGUUUACUUCCAUUUCUACUAUAAGAUGCAAUUGAACUAUUGACGAACAUUUCAAUUUGAAUCAUGUUAAGAUGAGAUAAUCCUUUAUAAGUCCCACAGCGGGGAAAUAUGCAAUGUUAUUUAACAUUAAUACCACUUUAAACAGAGGGUGAUUUUACUCAAAUUGACUUAUUUCUGUGUGUCACAAUCAUAUCAGAGUUUCUAUUGGCCCAAAGCUAACGUAGUUCAGAGUAAUGGACACAGUAUGCUUGUUUUUUUACGGACCCCACUUUGAGAAUCACUGAGUUAAACCACCUUAACACACUGAGAAUGUGUACAUGCACACCAGAUAAUACAAAUAUGGGAAAAUAUGUAUGUUUGGACUGUAAAAUAUGUUUUUAUUCUGCAGUCAGCAAGCGCUAGAAACUUCCCCAAAUGAGUUAGUUUAGUUUAGUUUGAUGUGGACAUCACAGAAGAAUUAGAAUUUAUAUAAUUUUAACAUUUAUGCACAAGGACCAGAUGCACUGUGUUUGUAGCGAAAGACUAAUUUACAACAGGAGGCUUUUUUUAAAUAAAAGUUAUUGUACAAAAAAGAAAAGAAAAUACUUAAUACUGGUGUGACAGAACGUAUUGCAUUAUUGAUCUGGAUUUGGACCAAUGUCACAUGACAGAAAUAUUAAUUCUGACAUAAUGAGUGCUGUUAAAACACACAAAACAUUAUUUUGAAUUACAGUCAAGAUGCUCAACUAGAAGGAUAAUAAAUCAGUCAGACUCACAGUGAUUUCCAGAUUCAAAUCAAUGAAUAUUUCACUCCAUAUUUUUGCAUUUUGGAACAUUUGUUUUUACCUCCUGGAGAUGUUUUUACCUUCCAAGAAUUUCUUUCAAAAAAAUGCAGGAUUAUAAAGUUACAGCCUCAAAAAAAAGUGUUAUGGGAUUUCCCCCGAAGGAUCUUUAUUAUUAUUACUAUUAUAAUUAUUGGCUGAUUCCUAAACCCAAUAUUAUUCAAGUUAGUGCUCUUUUGAAACCCCGUCCAGAAGUAUAGUCCUGUUGGUCCUGUGUUAUUUGGAGUUGUAUUAUUAUUGUUGCUGCAGUGUGUACUGACCCCAGCUGGCUGUAUCAGCUUUCAACAUGUGCCUUAUUUUAGCCGCCACGCUAAUCACCGCUCGCCCAUCUCAACAGUAGAAAAAAUGUCUUUGUCCUCUCCGUCCCAUCCAGGAAUAGCUGAGUGGGAUUAGUCACAUCUGUGUUGUUAAAAAUAAAAUAAAAAAAUCACUUUUUAUAAACGGAGGAUGGUGAUUAGAUUGGAUAUGUGAGAUAAUAAAUUAUAAAAGUCACAUGUUGGUGUUACAUAACUGAUGCAGUUUCAGCAUGAAGUUUAGUUAACAUUUUUAAGAAUAUUGUUGACUAAAGAUCCCAAAAGGUCGUGCAUCGUCACAGACAAACUACUCUGAUGCAGAUUUAUAUUUUAAAAAGUUGUUUUGCUUUUGCUCUGACCUUUGACCUCUUGCUUUCUGUAACAGCCAAAUGACAUUUUGAUGCGACAUUUGUGACAGCAGUGACUUUUUUAAGGUACCAGUUUCUGAUCAUUUUAACAUUAUUUUCUAUCCUUCCACAAUCUAAAAGAUUUAGUUAUUCUGCUUUUAACAGACAAUAAAUAAAACAACGUACUAAUGAACUGAGAACGAAAUGAAGAAAUUAAAAAUGUUUGUGUUUUGUACCUGAGAUGUUUUUAUCACACUCGCACUUUGAUCCUUGAAGUCUUUUUUUUUUGCUCUGUGAUACUUUUUUCUUAUAAAUCAGUAAAAAAAACAAAAAAA